CUUUUUGUGUAUAUUAUAGAAGGCUAUGCUUUUGGUCGCAUUAGGCGGAUAUGUAUCACGCAUAUGCCUCAGUCUUCGCCAUCCCCAUUGAUUCGACAUACAUAGUAAUCGAACGAGCGACGAGUAUCGGUCCAGAAUGCAUCCCGUAUGGCGAACUUCUUCAGGAUGUACUUUUGUCCCUAUGAAAAAAUGUACCUGGCUUCCUAAACGCGUUGCUAGUGAAUCUACGAAUGCCGUGAAGUUGCCUGCACAACUCAGCUCUCGACCACUGCACACCUCAAAUCUGAAGGAGACUUCCAUACGAAGGGUUCGAUUGCCGAAUGUAGAUUAUGCUAAAUUCAUAACCAGAUCUCGCAGGCGGUUUCAUACAGGCACGGCUUCGACUGAAUCAUGGGGCAAUAGAAAGGACAUCACACAAGCAUUGUUGGGAUGUGGAGUCCUGUUAGGCGUGGGCUACAUUGCGUUCAGCUGGUAUGUAAAACGCAGUGGACUAAGUUGGAAAUCGAAAGAAUGUCUUGUCCGUGCAAAUAUACUCGAAAAAGAGGGCGAUAUCCAGGCUGCAAAGAGGAAGUUAUUGGAGGCUUUUUCCUUGACAGUGAAAGAUUUUGGCCUCGUGAGCUUAAGUACAGUGCUCAUGGCUGAUAAGGUAGCACAAUUCUGUCACAAACACGGAGACUUGAAAAUGGCGAAGGAGUAUUAUGUGAAGCUGAUGCAGUGUAUGUUACAACUCGGGUAUAAAGAUAGCAACAAAGGCGUUGUUGGCGCCGCGCUCUCCGUUGCCGAUAUCAGCAUGGAGAAUGACGAUUAUGAGACAGCAUUGGUUGGCUACAGAUGGUGUCUGGAGCGUGCAGAAGUUGAUGGGCUGUCUCAGAGUGAUAUACAAAGAUCUAUGCCACCAACAGGGUUGAGUAUACACUUUGGCUCUGGCAAUAAGGCAAAACCUUCUGAUACAAUCGAGGAUGAGCUUCAUAUCAUCUGUCUUGAAAGGCUUGGAUACUGCCUGUAUGAAAUGAAGGCGUCGAGCUGGCCUGAAGCACUUGGCACUCUCGAGAAAGCAAAGUCGCUGCGACUGCAUCAGCUCGAAAGUUUGGCUACAGAAGGCAUCAGGUCUGGUGACUACUUGAUCAGAAUGGCCGUUCUGUUGGAAAGUUUGAGUACGGUGAAAACGUCAUUGGAGGACAUUAAGGGCGCGCUCGAGGAAUCCACACGAGCCGCCGAAUUGCAUAAGUUGGUCGAAGUCUACUUUAAAGGAGAGUCUGGAUAUGACAAUGCGCUCACCGCAGAUGCGCUCACCGCAGAUGAAAUCGCAAAGUUGAGUACAGCAAUAAGGGCUUUAACAAAGCUGCUGGGAGAUAGUGAGGAGUCUAUGCUUGCGAGCAAAUCAUAGGUUUAGAGAAGGUUAUACUUUCUAGGUGUCCAGAGCUUUUGGGGAUUACUAACCAUUGCUCGGAGUCUUGGUUAGCAUUAAAAUUAGUUGCGUCGC